CAGUAAUAUCUUUCUUAAGAUGAACAGAACGUUGGCCUUUUAAGAUGCUUAUCUGUGGAUAUAACGUGUCAGAGUGAAGUCCAACAGUAAAAAGAUAGACACACUGAAAAUGCAAAGUCUUGUGAAGAUAACUGACUUUCCAUGCUGGAGACAGAGAUCUUGGCUGAGCUGUUCACCUGGACUUCAGCAGUAGGCAAAGUACAUAUCCAAAGAAUUAUCCCACAGAGUUAUGAGGAACUCACUUCUUGCCAUUGUUAAUUAGAACAAGAAAGGUUUCCAGGAUCCAUCUGAGUGAAGAGCUUAGUCAGAAGAAAAAAUGUAUUUGAAAAAUUCACUGGGGUGUAUCCUACUGCUGUUCGUUCAGAGUGGUCUAUGGACAAGUGCAGAAACGGUUCUUGAACUUGCCAAUUCUCACAUGCUUUCACCAGGAGGCUAUAUGAAGCUGAUCAAUAUUAAUACAAAAGAUUAUCCACGGGACUGCAGUGAAAUUUUUAAGCAAUCUGAGCAGAGUUCCAUAGACGGUAUUUACAUCAUUCAGCCAGCAAAGGAGCCCAUUGGUGUGUACUGUGAUAUGCAAGACGGUGGCUGGACAGUGAUUCAGCACAUUACUGCCAACAGUACUGUGGACUUCGAUAGGACCUGGCAGGACUACAAAUAUGGAUUUGGUUUCCUGAAUGGCAACUACUGGUUAGGGAAUGAGUAUAUGCACCAGUUAACCAGUUCUCCAAGACCAUAUAUACUUAGGGUUAAACUUGUAGACCUAAAUGCUGAAAUUAAGUGGGGAGAAUAUGAGCCAUUCCUCAUUGAGAAUGAAGCAUCUCAAUAUAAGAUUAGACUUGGCUUGUAUAAAGGCGAUGCUGUUGAUGCUCUGACUCAGGAUACAGAAGCAUAUCUUCAUGACAACCAGAAGUUUACUACAAAAGACAAAGAUAAUGAUAACUAUUUUCAAAACUGUGCCAAACUGGAAUACAAUGGUAUUCCUGGUGGAGGAUGGUGGUAUGAUGCUUGUGCUGGAGCAAAUCUGAACCGCAGGAAUGUUAUAUAUUGGCAGAAGGACUGUAAUAAAGAUCACAUGUGUAAAUAUGCCUGGAUGAUGGUCAGGCCAGCAGACCAGGAUCAUUCCAAGGCUUGUCCUGCUCAAAAAGAUGAACUGUAAACAAUACUGCAAAACUGAAUCCAGCUCCUCAAAUUCUGAUCUAUGAAUGCAAUAGA